AUGCCCUAUACAUUGAGCAACAGGCGUGUCCUCGUCACUGGUGGCAGCCGAGGGCUGGGGGCGCGUAUAUGCCAAAAGUUUGCACGAGAAGGCGCUCAUGUGAUGGUCAACUACGUUUCCAACGAGACUAGAGCUCGCCAGGUCGUGGACAAGGUGCAGAGUUUUGGAGUGAAGGCAUUCAUGGACGCGGGAAAUGCCGACCACAAUGCUCGCAUCGUCAAGGAAACGGUGGAGAAGCUAGGCGGGCUGGAUAUCAUUGUGGCUAACGCCGGAUGGACGAGGCUCAGCGACUUUGGCGAUCUGAACGCAUUGUGCUUGGAAGAGUGGAACAAGCUCAUGCAGGCCGCCGGACCUAUCUUUAACGCCAAUUCAGAAGGUGGCGUGUAUUUGAUUACAUCUUCCAUAGCGGGUUCCACGCAGAGCGGAAGUAGCAUGGCGUAUGCGGUCAGCAAAGCAGCGGGCCUGCAUCUGAUGAAAUGCAUCGCCGCGACGCAAGGUCCCAAACUGCGGAUGAAUGCCAUCUUACCCGGUCAGCUCUUGACAGAAUGGGAGCACGUCGCCGGAGAGUCCUGCCUCUGA